GUAGUCUGUGCUUACACUAGAGUUCCACUGAAAAUGUGUUGGCGUGGAUAAAAGUGUGUGAUUUUUUCAAUUUUAUGAUUUCAUCAUGUCGAUAAAAGUAGAACGUGUACCAGAAAAUAUUAACUUCCCGCUAGAAGAGCAAAAAACUCUUGCGUUUUGGAAAGAAAUAGAUGCUUUCCAGAACUGUCUGAAGCAAUCCAGGAAUAAACCCCGGUAUACAUUUUAUGAUGGACCUCCAUUUGCAACAGGCUUGCCUCAUUAUGGUCAUAUCCUUGCUGGAACUAUUAAAGAUGUAGUUACAAGAUAUGCUUAUCAACAGGGUUAUCAUGUAGAAAGAAGAUUUGGUUGGGACUGUCAUGGCUUGCCCGUUGAAUUUGAAAUUGAUAAGACCCUAGGAAUUAAAGGACCUGAAGAUGUUGAGAAAAUGGGUAUAAAAAAUUACAAUGCUGAAUGCCGAAAAAUAGUAAUGAAAUAUGCUUAUGAGUGGGAAACAAUUAUAACUAGAAUGGGUCGUUGGAUAGAUUUCAAGAAUGACUACAAGACACUUUACCCUUGGUUUAUGGAAUCAGUUUGGUGGGUCUUCAAGGAGCUAUACAAUAAAGGAUUAGUGUAUCAAGGAGUUAAAGUAAUGCCAUUCUCUACUGCCUGUUCAACACCACUUUCAAAUUUUGAAUCUGGUCAAAAUUAUAAGGAUGUGGUUGAUCCAGCUGUAGUGGUUUCUUUCCCUACUAAUGAUGGUUUUGCAAUGCUUGCAUGGACAACAACUCCUUGGACUCUUCCAAGUAACUUAGCGCUUUGUGUAAAUCCAAAAUUGGUAUAUUUAAAGGUCAAAGAAAAAGCAACAGGAAAUUGUUAUGUUUUACAAGAGAAUCGUUUUCCUGUCAUUUUUAAAAAUACGGAUGAUUUUAUUAUACUUGAGAAAUUUCCUGGUGAAAAAUUAAAAGGCAUUAAAUAUACACCAGUAUUUGAUUAUUUUGUGAAACAAUGCCCAAACGCUUAUCAUGUUUUAGUAGAUUCUUAUGUCACUGACGACUCUGGUACAGGAGUGGUACACCAAGCACCAUAUUUUGGUGAAGACGAUUAUAGAGUUUGCCUUGCUGCUGGAGUAAUAACAAGAGAUCAAGAAAUAAUUUGUCCAGUUGACGCAAGUGGCAAGUUUACUCAACCUGUUAGUGAUUUUGUUGGACAACAUGUAAAAGAUGCUGAUAAAAAUAUCAUAGCCAAUUUAAAGGCUCGUAACCGAUUGGUACAGUUGGGGCAAGUGAAGCAUAGUUACCCAUUUUGUUGGCGUUCCGAGACGCCGCUUAUAUACAAAGCUGUACCAUCUUGGUUUGUGCGAGUUGAGCAAAUAAGCCAAAAUCUUCUAAAAUCUAGCGAGGCUACUUAUUGGGUUCCUGAAUAUGUCAAGGAAAAAAGAUUUGCUAAUUGGCUCAAGGAUGCUCGUGAUUGGGCUAUAAGUAGAAACAGGUACUGGGGCACUCCCAUUCCCCUGUGGAUGUCUAGCGACAAGCAGGAAGUUGUAUGUGUUGGAAGUAUUGCCGAAUUAGCAGCAUUGACUGGAAAGGAAAUAACAGAUUUACACAGGGAAAGCAUUGAUUACCUCGAAAUUCCUUCUUCGCGGCCUGGUUAUCCACCAUUAAAAAGAGUGGUAGAAGUCUUUGAUUGUUGGUUUGAAUCAGGAUCUAUGCCAUACGCACAGUUCCAUUACCCAUUUGAGAACAAAAAAGAGUUUGACGAUAUUUUUCCAGCAAAUUUUAUUGCUGAAGGAAUUGAUCAAACUAGGGGUUGGUUUUAUACCCUGAUGGUUCUGUCAACAGCUUUGUUCAAUAAAGCGCCGUUUAAGAAUCUUAUAGCCAAUGGUUUAAUUCUGGCAUCGGAUGGACAAAAGAUGUCUAAACGAAAAAAGAACUAUCCAGAUCCUCUUGAAAUUGUUAAUAAAUAUGGCGCUGAUGCUUUGAGGCUGUACCUAAUAAAUUCUCCUGUAGUGAAGGCGGAAAAUUUGCGGUUCAAAGAGGAAGGAGUUAGAGACGUCAUCAAAGACGUAUUUUUGCCAUGGUAUAAUGCUUUCAGAUUUUUAAUGCAAAAUGUAGAGAGAAUAGUACAAGAAGAUAAAAUAAACUACAGUUUUAACGAAAAUGCUGUCCGUGAAAAUGUUAUGGAUAAAUGGAUUACAUCAUUUACACAAUCUUUGAUUAUUUUCGUUAAAAAGGAAAUGGCCGCAUACAGAUUGUACACAGUAGUACCAAGAUUGACCAAAUUCAUUGAUCAUCUCACCAACUGGUACGUGAGAAUGAAUAGAAAGCGAUUGAAGGGGGAAAGCGGCAUUAAAGAUUGUCAAGUAGCUUUAGACACCUUGUUUGGAGUACUCCAUGAUAUGGUGAGAGUGAUGGCACCAUUCACUCCUUUCCUCACGGAAUUGAUGUAUAAAACGUUACGUCAAUUAUUACCUGGAACCUCACUCGACAGUGUUCAUUAUAACAUGCUCCCUGACCCUAAAUCAAACUUGGUGAAUACUGAUAUAGAAAGGGCAGUACAAAGGAUGCAAACUGUCAUUGAGUUGGGAAGAGUGCUAAGAGAUAGAAAAACUAUUCCAAUUAAGUACCCUUUGCCUGAAAUGAUUGUUAUUCAUCAAGAUAAGUUAUAUUUGGAUGAUGUGAAGUCACUGGAAAAUUAUGUACUUGAAGAAAUGAAUGUGAAAAAUGUAAAAUUAACCAGUGACAAAGUAAAGUAUGGAAUUACGCUAAGAGCUGAGCCAGAUCAUAAAGUUCUUGGAGUUCGAUUGAAAGGAGACUUUAAAGCAGCCACCCAAGCUUUAAAAGAUCUCACUAAUGAACAAUGCGAAAAGCUAGCAGCUGAUGGCUUCAUAAAUCUGGUUGGUCACCGUAUUGAUAUAUCUGAAGUUAGACUGAUUUUCCAAGCUUCCGGAAACGACCAAUACGAAGCUCAUAGCGAUAAUGAUGUGUUGAUUUUGUUAAAUGUAACCCCAGAUCAAGACAUGCUUGAUGAAGGAUUUUCUAGGGAAAUCAUUAAUAGAGUUCAAAAAUUACGAAAGAAAGCACAUCUAGUACCCACAGAUGAAGUCGACAUUUACUACUCUGUAAAUAAAACAAGCGAUAUUGUACGCAUCAUUAAUUUACAUAGAGACUUCAUUGAAAACACGGUUAAGGGUCCACUUAUACCCAUUGAAAAAUUAUCAAAAUCUAAACCAGUAAUAAUAGAAGAGACACAAGAAUUAAAGGGUUCACAAUUGAAGUUGGUUAUAACUUGGAGAAAUGAAAUUGAAUUACCAGCAAAUCCUUGGGCUAAUAUUAUUCUGCAUGGUAUCAAACCACGAUUUGGUGCGGCAAGUAAUCAGGCUAGCAUAAUUCUGAAAGAUAAAGAUCAUAAAUUUAUAACUCCCGAUAAAUUAUACCGAGAAGUGCAGAUCUUGUUUGGUCUUUAUGGUGUCAAAUUUACCUUGUGGUGUGAUGGUUCUGAAAUUAGUGACACUAGGGAUUUGAAUUCUAAAACUAUUGUGGCCGCACAGUCACUACCAAAAGAAAGCGUAUGUAAUUCAAACCCUUUUUGCAAAUUCGUCAACAUUGAAAAUGGUACAAAAAGUUUUACGUUAUUCCUAGAAAAUCCCUCAGGAAAUGAUACAUUGAGCACUGAAAGUGCUACAAAGUUAGUUUCUGAUCUUUUUGGAAUAAAUACUUCUGACCUAAAUAAAACAGAAAAAAAAUAGGUAUCUGCAAUUUAAUUGCAAAAAGUAUAUGCUUCAUUUCAUGGCAGUAUUGUUUGGUGUCUAUGUAACUAUUUUCUUCUAAUU